UGGUUGAGCAUUGACCAACCUCGUCCACGUCACGUGAUGUAACUCCAGCGCUUCAACUGUCUCAUACUGAACACUUUCAGAAGACAACUCCUUUUCACACUAAAACAGAUAAAGUGCCAAGACUGUGUUACUGUUGUUGCAUUCAUAUUGAAGUGGUCUGAUAAGGACCUGUGACUGGAUCAGCCACUAAACCACAGACAACAGUAUCCACCCUGGGGAAUAAAAAGAAGAGCUCUGCUGGUCCCAGAAAUGUCAGCGUCCGUGAUGGAUCACCAGAAACGUUUUCAGGCUGCUGUGAAUGUCAUUCACAAACUCCCCAAAAAAGGCUCCUACCAACCAUCGUAUGACGUCAUGCUGCGCUUUUACGGGUUGUACAAACAAGCAGUGUUUGGACCCUGUGCAGUGCCACGACCUGGCUUCUGGGACCCAGUGGGUCGCUACAAAUGGGACGCUUGGAGCCAGCUGGGCGACAUGAGCAGCGCAAGUGCCAUGGUAGCAUAUGUGGAUGAGAUGAAGAAAGUAGCACAGGAGGUUAUUGACACCUUGCCAAUGAAUGAGAAAACCGCUUCACUCUUCCACCAUUUUGAGCCUCUCUAUGCUGUUAUUGAUGACAUGCCGCGACCCCCAGAGACCCUGCUUCAUCUCAGAGAAGCCUCCAGAGUGCGUAAGGAUUUGGAACUGACCAGCAAAUCUGAUUGCGAGAUCUUCUGUGACUUAGUGGAUUCAGUGGAACAACUCGAUAACCUUAAGGUACCACUUGGGGAGUCGAAUGGGUUUCUCAACGGCCACGUGGCCUUGGAGUCAUCUCCGUUUCAACUUCAACAACAAGAAAGGCAAAUUGAAUCCAGACAGGUCGGAGCUGGACACGGUGGAGAGGGGCGAAAGGAUGCAAAGGAUAACGGUACAAAGAGAAGGCGAACCAAUGGCCUCGAGAGCUCAUACCACAACUGGAGGGAAUGUGGUGUUCCACUGAGAAGUACAGGGCCAGGUACCACAGACGGUUCUAGCGGGGCAGACGGAGGAGGAGAUGGUUCAGAAGGUUUGCCAGAAUGGAGAAAUGACUUCCAAGUUCAGCAACAGAUCCUUCUGGCCCUGAGAAAGCUCAGAGAGGAUAUGAGAAGCGUCAUGGAAAGGCUGGAGGCGGUGAAGGCGCUUGUCACCACACAAGAGGAAAAGCGGUGGCCAUUUCACACAUCCGCUCAGACUGUUCUUCUGUUCCUGCUGUGGCCAUUUGCUGUCCAAGGUAUACUCUAUCUACUGCAAAAAACCAAGAGGAGAAGUCGUAUUCUUAAUGAGGUGAUGUGAACGAAGAGAUUUUCUAAUUCGUCGCUGGAAACCAUUAAAGCUGGAUAUGAAGUUUCUGCAUGGAAUGAGGAUUACUGUGGAUUUCCACUCGGUUCUACUAGCAUAGAGAAUAAGGAGAAUGUGGACUUCAAUUUUACCCCACAGAUUUUGUCGUCGGUAGGAAAUGUAAACCCAGACUGUAAUUCAGUAUUCAUCAAAUCAGAUCUGGCGGGAGUUUUUAUUGCCGACAUCAAUUUUAAUUACAGAACUAUAAAAUAA